AUGCCUGGGACUGAGAGUAUACCCCCCCAAUUUCGUCCUGCAUACACGCGAUCCAAAACAGGCUGUCGCACCUGCCGUGCGCGACGGAUCCGAUGUGACGAAUUGCCAGGGGCGUGCAAAAACUGCACCUCCACCGGUCGAAAAUGCGACUAUGAUCUCCACCGACUCCCCGGGAAGCGGAAAUCAACCCUCCCCCUUAUCUUUGGGGUCGAGAGACAUGGGUGGAUUCUGACGUCGGAUGAACAGCGCUGUUUUUCGUACUUUCAGCACCGCACGGUUGCCAGUAUUGCGGAUCUGUUUGACUCUCCCCUCUGGGAAAGACAUAUUCUGCGAUUGAGCUGUACGGAACCUGCUGUUUGCCAUGCGGUUAACAUGCUGAGUGCGAUCCAGCAAGCGGCAGAGGCUAAUCGGAUGCGACUUAGCGGGGUACAGUCUGAGAAUAGCCAUUUGAUGUUCGCGUUGGAGCAGUCGGUCCGGGCAUCAGCCCUGUUGCGCCGCCGGCAGGGAUCCAACGAUCCGCAGCUGAUCCACACAAUUUUAACCUGCUGCCUGUUGUUUGUGAUUGGAGAGCAUAUGCGGGGCAACUUUGAUAUGGCCAUUAUACACGUUAAACACGGGAUGCAAAUCCUACGAGAAGCACAGUCUCGUGGGCAGAGGAUCGAUCCCGCUCUUGUCGAUUAUCUUCAUCAUCUGGACAUGGAGGCCGACCUAUAUCGCCAAAUUGUACAGCAGGAAAAUAUCGAACGCGAAGAGCCGGACUGGGUGACCAAAGAUGAUCCUAUUAUUAUCCAGAGCCCGGCCGAUGCCCGAGUAGCGUUCAUGAAGAUCAGCAAUCAUUCCAUCCGCUUCAUCGGCUACGCCUGGCAGUCGCCCAAAUCCAAGAUCCUCGACGAGUAUGACACCUUCUGGCUCACUCGGCAGCGAAUUCUCUCGCGGUACCAGCAGUUUACUCAGGCCCUCAAUCUGUUCUAUCAGGCCCACGCACAUACGCUGACGGGCAAAGAACACCGUGCUAUUGCAGUGCUCCAGCAUCUUGAGGUGGUUCAGACGGUCUCAUUGAAACUCACGCUCCAUGACAGCAGUGAUGCUAGUCUUAUAUCCGAUUUCACUACCUUGCUAUCGAGCAGCCUCACGAUUAUGAGCGUCAUCGCCCGCAGCACGACGACCUUGAUCAUAGAACCGCUGGUCAUCGGUGGUCUGCAUAUCGUGGCCACCCUGUGUCCGGACUUCGCAUUGCGGGUUCAGGCCCUCGACGCCAUGCGUUCCUGGCCCCACAGUGAGGGGCUGGUCAACUCGGAGGUCUGGGCCGCGCUCGCGACUGAGGCGCUCAAGGCGGACCUCCUGCAGCGAAUAGCCAAGGACGGCGAGAACCGGACCGGGGUGGCGUAUCCGACGGAGACUAAUCAAUUCUUGGUGGAGGUCCUGAGAUCAACUCAUACUGCGAAGGACUGGGCGCCUGUUCUUGCUAAGAACUUGGACAUUGGGGGUCUAUUAUCACCCUCAGGAUCAGAGUCUAUCCCAGAAGCCUUGCCUAAAUAAAACAAAGGCUGAUCCAGUUUAAGUAGGGGCUGCUGGCUAUUAAUUUACUGAUUACUGAUGAUCAGUACAAUCGAUUAUAUCAAUCCGGGUUGAUCUAUAUACAUAUAUUUAGACUAAGGAUC